AUAAAUAAAUAAAUAAAACGAAAAGCAAACGACACACAUUUUGGAACUUUUCAUAUAGAUUUUUGGAAUCGUUUAUGCACACACGCACAAUUUAUUGUUAUUUUUUUUUUUCGAUAUUUUUUUUUGUGUAUUUUGAGUGAAAGUGAAGCAGGGCAAGCGACGCGUCGAACGUGCCCCAUCAAUUUGUGGGAUAUUUUAUUUUAUUUUAUUUUUUUUUUUUCGCCUUAUUUAAAUCAUGCGCGUACAACGCGCGCUGCGGCCGCAGCUGGUGAUGCUGCUGCUGCUGGCGUUGGCAGCGACUGUCGCGCAGGCGGCCAUCGACAACAGGGAGAACAAGGACAACAAGUCCUCGCCCAUCAUCAGCGCCGAUCAGCACAAUGUCAUCAAUUUGAGCCUGCACACGGAAAACAACAACAACAACAGAAGCAGCGACAGCAGCAGCCGCAGCGACGCCGACAUCAGCUUUGAUCUGACGCGCACGCAGCGACUGCGCGAUGCGCUCAACGUGUUCGAUCUGUCGCUGCUUGCGUCGCAGUGGCCACGCCUCGAAGCCACACGAAUGCUGAGCGUCAACUGCACGAAGGACAUGCGCAGCUAUCUGCACGGCCUGACCGAUUCCAAAAUGUGGGCUGUGAAAAUGGACGAUGCUUCCGGCCAUUAUACAUCCGGUUUCUUCUAUGGCAACAAUUAUUGGAUGGGUUCGUUGGCCCUUUGCGAUGCCAUUUACGAUGGCUCGAGCACCAUCGACAGCAGCAGAAGCAGCAGCAGCAGCAGCAGCCCCAACAGCACCGCCAGCAAGGACAACAGCACUGCGAACAAUGGGAAUGCCAAUGCCAAUGGGAAUGGGAUUGGGAAUGGGAAUCGUAACAAUGGACUGCCCUUUGCCGAGGCAUAUGCCGAGGCCUACAGCAGCGUCUACAAUGCGCCGCCUCCGUUUCUGCCCGGUUUCUAUGUGCUCAAGCUGCAGCUAAAUGAGACGAUGCCAACACAGGUGCUACGCACCAUUUACAUGGGCAUGUGCCUGCCCUCCAGCUGCAGCAUUGCGGACGUGCAUCGGAUGAGCGGCUAUGCGCGGCAGGAGCUGCCCAGCCGGGAGCUGCGCGUCCUGGACAUACGCGUGCCCACGGACAAGGAGUUCAACAUAUGGUCGGACAAGACCUUCUGCCUGCUGAUCGUCGUCUCCGGCAUUGUGCUCGGCCUGAUCUGCUGCGGCACGCUCUACGAGAUCUAUCUGACGCGCCAGCUGCAGGAGGCGCUGCGUCUGCAGGACAAGGAGAUGAUGAACAACAGCGAGACGAGCUCCGGCAUUGGCUGCGCCUCCUCCGACUACAGCGACACGAUGAUCGGCCACGAGGAGGCCCUGAAGCAAUCCAAUCAGUCCGAUUCACUCAAACAGCUCGAUCAGCUGGUGCUGCAUCUGCCGCCCGUCGGCGACAAUGACAGCGGCAAUGGGCACCAUCACGAUCACGAGCACGAGCACGACCAUGAGCAUGAGCACGAGGAUGAGCGCAUGACCGUGCAUCAUCAUCAUCAUCAUCAUCACCAUCAUCAUCAUCAGGCAGGCAGCAGCGGCAGCAGCCGCAGCGGCAGCGCAGUCGUUGGCAUCGGCAGCGGCAGCGGCAGCGGGAGCAGCAACAACAACAACAACAACAACAGCAACUCGGACGAGCACCUGGAGGGCCAUCUGCACGAGCCCGAAAAACUGAGCAUCUAUUCGGAACUUCUGCUCUCCUUCUCGGCCAUCACAAACUUCAAUGCCAUCUGCGAUCGCAAUGUGGGCGCCGACACAAUACCCUGCAUCCAUGGACUGCGUGCGUUCAGCAUGGCCUGGGUCAUACUUGGACACACGUGCAUUGUUGUGUUCAAGUACUCGGACAACAUGGAGAUGCGCAAAGAGGUCGAGCAGAACUUCUUCUUCCAGGCGAUUACGAACGGUCCGUUCAGCGUGGACACGUUCUUCUUCAUCAGCGGCUUCCUCAUCUCGUAUCUGUACUUCCGCACGAAUGCCAAGGGCAAGCUGAACAAGCUGAGCAAGGGCGCCAACGAGUUUACCGCCGGCACUGCCCACUUCUUUGGCCUGGUCGCCUAUCGUUUUAUGCGCCUGACCGCACCCUAUCUGUUUGUGCUGGGCGUCGUUCAGGUGACAAUGCGCUACCUGGCCGCCUACUCCAUAUUCGAUCCGCCGACCAUGGAUCACAUUACCUGCCCGGACUACUGGUGGCGCAACAUACUCUACAUCAAUACGCUCUUUCCCGUUGAUGAGAUGUGCAUGUUGUGGAGCUGGUAUCUGGCGAACGACACGCAGUUCUAUAUGAUCGGCGCGAUAAUCCUGAUCGUGGGCGUGCGUCAUUUUAAGCUGUCGGCCAUCACCACGCUGGUCUUUCUGGUGCUCUCCUGGAUAACGACGGCUGUGAUUGCCUUUACGAACAACCAUCGUCCGAAUACCGACGAUCCGUUGGCGCUGUUCGACAAGAUCUAUGACAAGCCCUGGACCAGGCUGGGGCCCUAUUUGAUUGGCAUGGCCGUGGGCUGGAUAUUGUUCCGCACCAAUUGUAAGAUCCGUUUGCCCCGGCUGACGGUGGCCACCGCCUGGACGCUGGCCAUGUUGAAUCUGUUCGUGCUCGUCUUCGGUCUGUACCGUACGGAUUUGUCACAGUUCACGGCGGCCGCCUACAGCUCGCUGAGCCAUUCGGCGUGGGCGCUGUCCCUCGCCUGGAUCACCAUCGCCUGCUCGACGGGCUAUGGCGGCUAUAUCAAUUCGCUGCUCUCGGCGCCCUGCCUCUAUCCCUUCUCGCGGGUGACCUACUGCGCCUAUCUGGUGCAUCCCAUUGUCAUACGCUCCAUGGCGCUCAACUCGGAUGCGCCCUUGCAUUUGGGCGGCGAUUUGAUGGUCGUCAUGUUCUUUGGUCUGACGGUCGCCUCCUAUUUCCUGUCCUUUGUCGUCUCGAUGUCCUUCGAGGCGCCCGUCGUCACAAUGCUCAAAAUCUUGUCACCUAGUCGAAAAAAACGUCUCGCCUAAGCCGGUGUACCCCCUGCCCCCUCCCCCCUCCUCCUCACCCACUCACACAAACUAUUUAUGCGCUACUAUAAACGAAUACAUAUUUUACUUUAUAAUACGGCA